AUGGAAAGCCUUUCUGAAGAGGUGUUUAUGAUCAUCCUAGAAUACAGUGACCAAAGAACCCAGGCUGCUCUUUCACAAACAUGUCGAGCCUUCCACAGGAUCACCCUGCCAUUCCUAUACAAAUCGGUCUGCAUCCAAGCCUCUAAAUGUGACUUUGAGAAUGUUCUACCCACCAUUGGCAAAUACAGCAAUCUUAUUCAUUCCCUGGCCAUUGACACGAACCGAAGCAAUUUGUCUCCCUGCCGCGUGGCGCCUUAUCUCAAUGCCACAGCAAAGUUACAGGCUCUUGCGCUAUACGGGGGAUACUGGAUGUGGGAUGGGGAAGACGAACGAUGGGCGACCCUCGAGGCCGAUUUAUAUGGAUUUUUCACUCUGCAAACUGGGAUACAAAGUAAUCUCCGCUCAUUGACGCUGGAUCGUGUUGAAAAGAACGGCCAAGCGGCGUUCCUACAAUCGCCUGUCGUCUUUCAGAUCACGACGCUGCAGAAACUCACUCUACGCGGUUUUCUGCUGGACGCAUCGAGUACAGCAAUUGAAGCGCGGCUCCACCGCUCGACAGACUUGACUAUUCUUGUCAUUGAACGCAGUUAUCUCGCCUUUCCUGCGCUGCGAAACAUCCUGCACGCGCCGCGGGCAUUGCGCCGUCUGACGGUCAGCCAUGACCGUUCGUAUGGAAGCCAUGAACUUGGAUUUGUCGACCAGCAUGAGGCAAGACUGGCAGAGUUGAUUGACGUGCUGCUUCUCCAUCGCAAUUCAUUGGAAGAACUCAAUUUUGCAGAAGAAGAUAUGAUCUACAACGAAGAGGCUCCAUUUGGGUAUAGUUGGCAGAAGGGGAGCCAGCGCGACAGUAUAUAUGCAGAUUUGAGCAUCAUUGAGGAUGACAGGAAUGGAGAUACUGAUGAUGAAGAUGAUGAGGAUGAGGAUGAAGAGGAUGAAGAUGAAGAGGAUGAAGAUGAUGGAGAUGACUUCAAAGUCUAUGCAAAGCAGUUUCCCUCUUUACGGCACUGGGACUGUGAUGUGGAUGGUUUAAGGAUAUAUUUGAAUGACCCAGAGUACUAA